AUGGGUGAAUCGGAAAAUUCCCUCCUCAAUGAAUUCUGGGCCGCGCAGUCAACUCCUCCUGAGCCGGCCCCCAUCGCCGGCCAAUGCUUGAAACUGACCCUUAAUGAUUGCACAAGCUUCAAACGGAACAGAAUCGCCGACAAUGGAAUUCAGACAUCUCGUGAUGCCAAACGUGUUGCUGGAUCUGCAAAUAUAUCAGUGUUGAGCAGCAAGAACAGAACAUUGUCCUCCAAUACUCUUAUGAGCUCUGAGCAGGAAAUUGAAUGCGCCGGGGCUUCCAUGAAGAUUGCAUCUGGAUUUCUUAAGCAGAAGCAAUUCGAGGAGGACAUUCAAUGCAGGUUGAUUAAUUGUGAUACUCCUACCAAAGGAAGGAAGAGAUCCCAGUCAUCUCUUGGAUUGCCAACCUCUAGUCAGUUAAAAAGAUCAAAGAGAUCAUCACCAGCAGAAAGAAGACCAUCAUCAAUUGAUGAUCUUCCUGACACGGCAUUGGUUGAAAUCCUUUGCCGACUUCCAUCAAGUAAAUUUGUGUUUCAAUGCCAAUGUGUGUCCAAGCGUUGGCGCACACUUAUCUCAGAUCCUUAUUUUAUUGGCCGCUUUGUGCAUAUCCAAGGUUAUAGGAAAACUCCAAAGAUGUGCACUCUAAUAAGUCAAAAAGGAGAGGAAUUCCCUCCUAAAAUGCCAUGGUCAUCCAAGCUACUAACCCCAGUGUUCAAACAAAUAAUGAGUUUCCACUCUUUGAGAAAAGGGCCAGUUGUGGUAGCAACGUAUAAUGACUUAGUUUUGUGCUGCGCAACUGAGGAUUAUCAACGCAAUUACUACAUCUGCAAUGCAUACACCAUGCAAUGGGUUGCUCUUCCUCCCACCCCAGGUCGAUGCCACGAUAGGGUACUAGUGGGAUUCAUCUGUGAUAUUCCCUACUAUAAUUCUAAGAAAGAAGAUUGGAAAGGGCAUAACAUCCAGCUUAAUGCUAAGUGUGUGUGCAACGUUGUGAGAAUUCUUCCUCCUGAUGAAUCUGCAAAUGAUGACAAAUGUGAUUCCUUAAAAUUAAGUGUGGAGAUCUUCUCUUCUGAGACUGGUGAAUGGAGAGAAUCAGUUGUGGCUUCCCCACGAUACUUUGAUUUUGAUGACCUUGAAGAUAUAUCCUUUGCAUACAAUGGGAUGUUAUAUUGGACAAGUGACGAAGACCUUCUUUUUGUUGGUUUGGGUCCCUUCAACGACAAUAACACGACAACUAGUAGUAGUAGUAGCGGUAAUGGUGAUGGCGUUAUUGAUCAUAAACUUCAUUUGACUGUAUUUGAGGAGCCUCUAAAUGGACGUUUUGUAGUUGAGUACCUAGGUAUGUUCGGAGGAUGUGUGCGGAUGUGUGACUUUAAGGAGGCUACCAAAACUCUGUAUGUUUGGGAGCUGAGCGAAGCGAGCGCAGGCCCCAGGCGGCUGUAG